CUAUCCCCUAAAGACUAUAUAGUGGAAUGGAUAUGUGCCUUGCCAUCAAAGCUAACAGCAGCGAUACUGGUGUUGGAUGAGGAACAUGAUCAUGUCGUCAAGCACCCUCGUGAUGACAAUAUGUCACGUCUUGGGGUGGGUUUCCGGGCACAACGUUGUAAUUUCUUGCCUUCCGGCUGGUCGCACCGGUAACAACCCUGCAGCAACUGUGGCAGGUCAGAUGUGAUAUAGCUUCACGGAAAUUCAAUUCGGAUUACCGGUUGGAAUCGGUGGAGGCGUUCCUAGUGAUAGUCACGACAUUCGACUGGGUGAUGUUGCAGUAAAUCACCCUGGUAAGCACGGUGGGGGAGUGCUACAACACGACUUUGGUCGAACAGGUGCAGAGAGACGAUUUAUACCUACUGGAUCCCUGACUGCUCCCCCUUCGACUGUGAUAUAUGCC